AGGGCUAUAUUUAGUCUUGAAUGGGUCAGCUUAGUCAAAUUGAUGUUGACGAAUAUGAUUGCAGUACAUCUAUUGGUUAAAAUAACAUGUGUGUUUGUUGCUGACAUGGAGUCAACACGAGCGGAGUCUUCGACUGGGAGCGGAUCCUGUGCAAUCCAGUGAUCUACAGCAAGACUGAAGAGGUAAAAUAACCACCAUGGAUGAUUGCAGCCAACAUUUGCAUUCCACAGUUGCCCACCAAACAAUGGAUAAUAUGCAAGAUGAAUGUAAAAUUUGCUUUAAGAACUUCGGUAAAACACAACAAAAGCAACAAACACUGUCAUGUGGUCACAAAUUCUGUUCAACUUGUAUUGUUGAUGUGAUGGAGAAAAGUCAGCUGACUUGCCCCAGUUGCUUUGCUGAGUGCAGUGCCACAAAUGUUGCUCAGUUCUCAGUCAAUUGCAAUUCAAGUGCUUUGAUAAGGAAACUCAAAUGCAAUCAGCCUGUAACAGCAACAACAAUAUUAGGUGGUCCUCAUGAAGACUGCUCCCAAGACAUCAGUAAGAUGUUAAAAUGCUUUAUGAACGAACAAAAGAGCAGCUUCAACAGGCUUAUUACUGACUACGAAGAAGUACUGUCCCAGCUGAAGAAGUACCAGGAGCAGGUGAAGGAUUGGAAAACCCAACACCACCAACUCCAUAAAAGACUUAAUAUGCUAGUGGAGCAGAACAAAGUAACAUUAGUACUCAUAGAGCAUGAGGAAUCUAAAGUAUUGGAAAUAAAAACAAGGGGAGAAAAAGAGAGAGAGAAGAUGCAGCUGAUGCAAGGAUGCCGCGACUUGAGCACCAGUGUACAGGACGUCAUCACAUUUAUCAGCAAUACUGAGCACUUAAGCAUGCUGGCAGAAGAUUGGAUCCAAGAGUGUCAGAAAAACUUUUCAGACAUUGAGUGUUAGUAGCUGUGUAAUGGUGUAUUGUUGGCACCUGUGAUUGAUUACUUUUUUUUAUUUGAUGACUAAACUGUGUCAUUUUUAUGUUAAUUAUUUGGGAGAAUCUUUGGAUGGACAAGUUAAAAUACUGGAUCAGGUUAUUGUAGGAGAAAUACAUGGUUUUAUCAUUAUUAUAAAUACUUGUAAUUAACCACUUAAAUUAUGUUCAAUGGUUCAAAGUAUUUUUUUUUUGCAAGUUCCAAGAUUCUUUAUUGUGGAUUACUGUUUUCAACUGGUUGAGGGCAAGCACAUUUCAUUUGUGAAGAUUAAUUAUUGUCAUUUAUAGUCUGUUUUGAUAGAAAUAUACCAUCCAAAAAUCA